AUGCGUGUCAUCUCGUGGAUUGUCAGGGUGUACUGGAGCUUGGACAUCUUCUUGUCCUUCUUCGUGGGUUUCUAUGAUUCGGGCCGCUUGGUGGUGAAGCUGGAACGAACGGUGAAGCACUACCUGACCAGUUGGUUUCUGCUGGACAUCACCGUUGUCUGCCUGGAUUGGGUCUUCCUCAUCCUCGAGAGCGUGGGCGAUGGUGUGGAUGGGGUGCCACGCUUGUCCAAGACGGUGAGGAUCUUCCGCCUGGCACGCCUGGCACGGCUGGGACGUUUGCUGAAAGUGCGCAGCCUCACCUCGGCCAUCGAGGAGUAUUUCAGCUCGGAGACAGCAUCCAUCUACUACAGCAUGAUUAAGAUCAGUCUUUGGUUGCUUGUCAUGAAUCAUGUGAUCGCUUGCAUUUGGUUUGGCAUGACGAGUGUGGAAGACGAGCAAAAUUGGGUUUUGGCAAAUCAGCUGGAUGGGAGGUCCGGACUCUAUCAAUAUGCAACAUCUCUUCAUUGGUCCAUUGCCCAGUUGGGUGUGGGUCAAACCGAGAUCGAAGCAGUCUCAUUGAUGGAACGCACGUUCUCCAUUUGCGUGAUGUUGGGAGCUUUGCUCAGCUUCUCAACGCUCGUGAGCUCCAUGACAUCAUUGAUGCAGCGCUUGGAUCAUCUGAAGACCGACGAGGUGGCCCAGUUCAAAAGUUUGCGGCGCUUCCUGACAGAGAACAACAUCAGUGAGGAACUUUGUCAGCGGGUGACGCGUUUUCUGCAGUAUAGCUUUGAACAGAAGAGGAGUGGGAAACCGUGGGCGGCGGGCGCGCGUGGCGAGUGCAAAAGCAACGCACUGGCCCUGAGUGUGCAGGCUGCAGAUCAGAACCCUCCGUUGCUGGAGAUGCUCUCAAAGCCUUUGCAGCGCGAGCUUCAGCUGGAGAGACACCGGGAGUGCCUAUUGCAGAGUGCGUUUUUCAGCAGCAUGUUGCAUAGUGACUUCAAUGCCAUUGAUGUUCUGCGCGACUUGGCGGUCUCGGCGCUGUGCCACGCCGUGGUGGCGAAGGGCGACGUGGUCUUUGCCGCUGGCUCCGUGGAUGCUGGACCUUCAACCGGGGGGGCCGGUGGAGCGGUUGGAGACCUCGUGUCACGAGAGACAAGUCGGUUGAUCUCGCUGGAACUGGACGCCUUCUGCAACUGCCUGGGCAAAACGCCGGAGAUGCGGGAAAUGGCCCGGGCGCAUGGGGAGGAAUAUGUGGCGAAGGUGAACGCCUUGGAAGAGGCAGAACUCUCAGAUUUAUGGGAUGAGGAGGCCAAAGGUGCCGAAUUUGAGCCCAUUUCCGGCGCCUUUGAGCAAGCAGGCCGAGCGGCUGAGUGGGUAGAUUUGGAUGACAUCAGUGCAUCGGUCGUUGUUCAAACACCAGGGUGA